CUCGAAUUAUUCCAACAGUUUCGUCGAACGGGACUCACCUUUGCACAAACACGAAGAGAACGAAAAACAUGUCCGAUUGCGUUUCCGGCUCGGAGCGUGUUCAGGAUGACUUCAACCCAAGAAACAAGAUGCUUUUCCCAAGGCCACGCCCGCUUGGCAUGGAAACCACGAGGUGAUGCCAAAAGUCCACUCAACGUUCAACCACAUGCCGAGUCUCCGAUGCGCCAGCUUCCUCUGAACAUGGAAGGAAAGAUGACAAGGGUGUCGUUCCUGCCCCCAGACCACAGUGGGCAUCUUCAACUCGAGGGUCACGGCUCAUCAAUGGGCUCUCAGGGACCAUUCUUACCGCCUCGCUUCGUCUUGCGCCGAAACGCGAUACGAGCGUUUCGAUAUUACAUCAUGGCCGCUCCUACAAAACAGAAUACAGUCAUCGAUGUUUAA